AUGUCUUCCAAAGCCGUUGCUCAGAAAGGGGACCAACAGAUCUACCAGCCUGACACAACUGGCGAUGCAAUUGAGGAGAGAGAAGCUAGCGCCAAGGCUAGUGCGCAGGCAGGUCUGAACCUCAACAUUUUCGGGGCGGUCUCAGGUAUCUUCUCGGGGAAGAGCAGUAAAAAGACCGAGGCGGACGGGAGCUCGAUCGAAGAACAGGAGCAGAAUGCUCAUGUCAAAGGAGCGGGAGCUGGUAACUUGAAUGCAGCGGCUGCUGGCAAUGCUGAGCAAUACAAUCGGCAUACCAAAGCCAUCCAGUAG